AGAAUAAAAUCAGGCAUCUGUAAGCAAAAAAUCUGUGCAUUUACAUAAUACACUGUUCAUUUCACUAAAGAAAUGAAACCCACAGAAAACCCACAUAUCAUGUUUACUUCCUUGUGAUUCUCAGGUUUUUCCUAGUUUUAGCCAUGAAGAUAAUUUGGAGUGACCUCAUACAGAGAAUAAUUUUCUUUUCACUUACUGGACUUGGAGUUUUAGGAAACUUCAUCUUAUUUGUGAGACAUGUAUAUAUUUUCAUCAUGGGUCCCGAGAACAAAAAUAUAGAUGUUAUUCUCAUCCACUUGGCUUUUGUAAACACAAUCAUUAUUUAUUGCAUAGGGGCCAGAAACAUAGUCACAAUUUUUUACAUCAGAAACUUCUUAGGUGAUGUUGGUUGUAAAACUAUAAUUUAUCUAGAAAGAGUUGCCCGAGGCCUCUCCAUCUGCACCACCUGUCUCCUCAGCAUGGUCCAGGCUGUCACCCUCAGUCCCAGGACCACCCUUUGGAGAAAGCUCAAGCCACACACUGCAUGGCAUGUUCUUGCCUUUCUCCUCCUCUUUUGGAUCUUUAAUUCCCUGAUAAGUUCCAACUUGCUGCACUAUAUCACAGCAGGCAGGAGCAUGAACAGGUCUGUAGUUGGGAUGUUUACUGGGUAUUGCUAUAUGCUGCCAUCCAGGCACACAGUUAAGUGGCUUUUCCUCUCUCUCAUGACUCUUCGUGAUGUCAUCUUUCAGAGUCUGAUGGGCUGGAGCAGUGGGUCCAUGGCUCUCCAUCUGUAUAAGCAUCACAAGCAGGUCCUCUACCUUUACAGCUCCAGGUCUGCAAGCAACUCCAGGCCAGAAAUCAGGGCUACCCAGAGGAUUCUCACUCUCAUGACCUGUUUCCUUUUCUUUUAUUGGGCAGAUUUUAUUUUCUCCUUCUACACAGGUUACACAGUGAUACAUGACUCCACAAUGCUAAAUAUUAAAGCAUUUUUAGUACUUAGUUAUGCUGGUCUCAGCCCCUUUGUCCUGAUCAUCAUGGAUGUCCAUGUUGCUAAGCCCUGCUGUGUCUUAUUUCUCAAAUAA